ACCACGACCCAACUCAUUGUGGACCAAAGCAACAAGACACGGCACAAAUCUUCUCUACACCAGUUUAAAAAUUUUAAAGAAUCUACCAAAAUGCGUGAAAUCGUCCACCUCCAGGCUGGUCAGUGCGGAAACCAGAUUGGUGCCAAGUUCUGGGAAGUAAUUUCUGACGAACAUGGCAUUGACCCAACUGGUACCUACCAUGGUGAUUCAGACUUGCAGUUAGAAAGAAUCAAUGUAUACUACAAUGAGGCCACAGGUGGAAAAUAUGUUCCCCGUGCUGUCUUGGUCGAUUUGGAGCCCGGUACCAUGGACUCGGUCAGAUCAGGUCCAUUCGGACAAAUUUUCAGACCAGACAAUUUCGUUUUUGGUCAAAGUGGUGCUGGUAACAACUGGGCUAAAGGUCACUACACAGAAGGUGCUGAGUUAGUUGAUUCAGUCCUUGAUGUUGUCCGCAAGGAGGCAGAAAGCUGUGACUGUCUGCAGGGAUUCCAACUUACACACUCCCUUGGUGGUGGUACUGGCUCAGGUAUGGGUACACUCCUCAUCAGCAAGAUCCGUGAAGAAUAUCCAGAUCGCAUCAUGAACACAUUCAGUGUUGUUCCAUCACCAAAAGUAUCAGACACUGUUGUUGAACCAUACAAUUGUACUCUGUCGGUUCAUCAGUUGGUUGAAAAUACUGACGAGACAUUUUGUAUCGACAACGAAGCCCUCUACGAUAUCUGCUUCCGUACCCUGAAACUUACCACUCCUACCUAUGGUGACUUAAAUCAUUUGGUAUCUGCAACCAUGAGUGGUGUUACUACCUGUCUGCGAUUCCCUGGUCAGUUGAACGCCGAUCUCCGUAAAUUAGCUGUCAAUAUGGUACCAUUCCCACGUCUGCACUUCUUCAUGCCUGGUUUUGCUCCAUUGACCAGCCGUGGUAGCCAACAAUAUCGUGCCCUUACUGUGCCAGAAUUAACCCAACAAAUGUUCGAUGCCAAGAACAUGAUGGCCGCCUGUGAUCCACGUCAUGGUCGUUAUCUGACAGUAGCUGCAAUCUUCCGUGGCCGUAUGUCCAUGAAAGAAGUUGACGAACAGAUGUUGAAUGUCCAGAACAAAAACAGUAGUUACUUCGUUGAAUGGAUCCCCAACAACGUGAAGACCGCUGUUUGCGAUAUACCACCCCGUGGUCUCAAGAUGUCUGUGUGUUUCAUUGGUAACAGCACUGCCAUCCAAGAGCUUUUCAAGCGUAUCUCUGAACAGUUCACUGCUAUGUUCCGUCGUAAAGCUUUCUUGCAUUGGUACACUGGUGAAGGUAUGGAUGAGAUGGAAUUUACUGAAGCUGAAUCCAACAUGAACGACUUGGUAUCUGAAUACCAACAGUACCAGGAUGCAACAGCUGAAGAGGAGGGUGAAUUUGAUGAAGAGGAGGGAGAAGUCGAAGAUGAUUAGCACGUUUCCUCUGAGCGUAAAUUAUCACUGCGAUGACCAAUAUGAACAGUUGUUUUGCGAUAAGCUUUCCUUUUUGGGAAACGAUUACAUUAAUUACAAAUAAACCCGAAAAUAAACAUGUAUUAUCUCAAAUGUGUUGUUAUGGUGUAAGUGUUUAUUGUAUUUUAUGUUAGUCAGUCCAGUAUGCGGGCAAAAUUGUGACCUCGUAGUUUGGGUAAUUAAUAUGCUACUUAUCAACUGUCCAGUUUGCGAAUUGAAAUAUAGAACGGCAGCACUCGUCUGGGUGCGUUCAUUCAGCGCCGAUGUUCAGCUUGACCCAUUUGGGGCAAAAAUUAUUUCGUUGAAAACUCAGAAUUAAUGACAUUACAGUAUUCUUCACAUAUGAUGACUAGACGCGAUGCAAGAUAUCGAGUUUUACAGACAUUCGUAAUUCAAGAUUUCCAGUCUGUAUUCCGCGACAGUUGUGUGACCGCCACCAACGGCACGUUUUGGAACGUUACGUUACUCUUACCUGAUAAUGCAACGCAAGCACUGUGAUGUUAUUGACAUGUUGAGUUGGCAAUGUAAAUUUUGUUCGCUAAAUAAAACCUAGUGUGACCUGUGUA